CACCUUCGAGAGGGUGGAGUUUUCAUCGGUGCUUCCAUCUCUAGCCAAUCUGAGGGAAGGCAAAAGGGCACUCCUCCAAUGGGAGCUGAGGAGCCCGCGGCAGUGAUGGAGCCCCGCUAUCCUGCCAUCGCUCCGCCGAUCGUCGCGUGAAGCAUCCGUGUGUCUGCGAGAUCUUGCUGUGGGCCAGGUAUCCAUUCUCCUGCGGCAGCUGUAGAACCUACGGAGGCUAGAGGUCCGUGGGUGGUGGAGGAUCAUUUGCGUAGCAAAAAAAGGGAAGGCGAGUGCUCCUGCAGCCCCUCCAGACGGCACCCAGUGCUGUGGAGACCAGAAGACGGCAUCCGAUCCCCUGGAGCUGGAGUUAUAGGCAAUUGUGGGGUCUUCUGGAAGAACAGUAUGAACUCUUAACUACUGAGCCUUCUCUUCAGCCCCAAAGCUCCAAAUCUUCAGAUGUGAGUGUAUGACCUGGAAUAACCAAAGAAACUGAGAAACUGUCAAGAAACCAUGGGGUGCCUCCCAGAGGUUGAAGAUAAGUUCAUAUUGCCGAAGAAACCACACACUUAGAGACAAGACUUGGAUUAUUUGAGUUGGAUCUAACCUGAAAGCCUCAUUCCUGUGGUCUAGCUUCCAUAGUACCAGAAAGUACUAUGCAAGCUGUCAAGGGAGGGAAGCAGUCACUACUCCUAUACAGCUGUGGUGCCUUUGAACCACAAAACUACUAACAAUGAACAUCCACCAUUAUUAGAACCAUCACCCUGCAGCUAGCUUGGACAUCAUUAAAAGGGCUCAUCAGGAGUAGCUGAUAUUCAUGAAGACAGAGUUUCAGGGUUUCCGCCUGGAGCUACACCCUCCAGAAGCCCCUGCUUGGCUUCCCUGCACCCAACCCCAUCCCAGCCACUUACAACUUGAGCUGUGCUUGGUGUUUCUUGGCAACUGGAACACAGACUCCUCCGACUGCUCCACAGGCCCUUUGUCCUCAAUGAGCAGAAGACAACAGAAGCUGGCCGCUGAAGAGGCUGUGCAGCUGGCAGAGCACCUUGCUGGCCUUGCUUAGCACCUUGGCCACAGAGCAGUCACUGAGUGCUGCAUCUGGAAUCUGUGCUCCCCACCAACAGCGACUACAGAGAGAGUUGUCGGGCCCCACCUCACUAAGGGCCACCCUCUAGGGAUCCCUCCAGAGAAGGCUCCACUAGAAAAGGGGGCUCUUCAUAGACUCUUCACUGCCUUGAGUCCUCCCCAGACACCUCUAGGGCUGCAGAGAUCAGUAGCUUUUCACCUAUCGAAUCCACAUCCCAGCUGGAAACCGCUGUGAAUUAUUUGUAUUUUCAUUUUUAUCCUUUUGGCAAGAAGAGUUUUAAAUAUUGCUUCACUCCCUUCAAUAGUUAUAGUACUACUGAGAAUUUAUUUUUUUUGUCUCCUUUGGAUAUAGUUUUAGAUACAGUUUCUUAGGAAUUGCUCCAUUUUGUCUGUUUCCAAAUCCACUGGCCUAAAGUUCCGUUUUUAAAUUCUCUGCUAUAUAUAACCUAUAGCGAUGUCUCCUUUCUCGUUGCUGAUACUGGUUAUUUGUGCCUUCUCCCUUUUUUUCUUGAUCAAUCUCACCAGAGGUUUGUCUAUUUUACUAGUCUUUACAAAGAACCAACUUUUGGCUUUAUUGCUCCUCUCUAUUGUGUCUUUGUUCUCUAUUUCUUUAAUUUCUGCGCUUAUCUUUUUUGACCUCCUUCCUUCCACAUUUUUCGGAUUUAUUCUGCUGCUGUUUUUCUGAUUUCUUAAACUGUGUGUUGAGCUCAUUCCUUUUCAGUCUUUUUUCUGUUUCUGUUUGCUUGGUUUGGGUGUUUGUUUUUCUUUGAGACAGGGUCUCACUCUAUAGCCCAGGCUAACCUCAAAUUCAUGCUAAUUGCCUCCCUAGCCUCCCCAGUGCAGGGAUUACCGGCAUGAGGCACUGAGCCUAGCUCUCAGCCUUUCUUCUUUUCUAGUUUAUAUAUUUAAAAGCUACAAAUGUCCUGCUAAUGCUACUUGCCUCCGUGAUCAUAUGUGGUAGUUACUUCAUUGUUGUUCAGUUCCCAGAACUUCAGCGUAUCGAUUAGCAUUACUUCUUUGACUCAUGAAUUAUACAGAAGUAUGUUUUUAAGUUCCCAAAUGUUUGGGGGAUUUUUAAGUUUGUUCUGUUACUGAAAUCUAUCUUAAUUUUGUUCAGAUGAUGUGGUCUAUGUGAACUGAAAUUUAUUGAGACUUGUUCUAUUGCCUGGUACAUGAUCGAUAAUUAUUAAUGUUUCCUAUGUGCUCUAUAAGAAUGUGUGUCCUCUAAUUAUUGAAUAUAGAGAUCUGUCUGUGUCUGUUAGCAACUAUCUUAUUCAAGUUGUAUUUAACUAAACUGAUUGUUUUUGUUAUGAUCUACCAAUAGUUUUUAAAACGAACUCUGACACUGGAGUUAUCUGUUUUCUUCUUAUAGUUUCCUUUUUUAACAUAAAUUAAGAAUUGCUAUAUUUCUGGUAAAUGUGUAAUAUCCCUCUCUAUUCCUGAUAAUAGAAGAAUUCUGCUAGAUUAUCUUGUAUUAAUGUAACAGCACAAGCUUUUCUUCUUGUUAGGGUUUUGUGGCAUAAUUUUCUAUCUUUUUACUUUUAAGAAUUUUUUACACCUUUGUGUUUUAAUUAUAUUUCUUGAAAACAGCAUAUGGCUGAACAGUUUUUAAAAAUCUAAUCUAAAGCUGGGCGUGGUGGCGCACGCCUUUAAUCCCAGCACUUGGGAGGCAGAGGCAGGUGGAUCUCUGCAUUUGAGACCAGUCUGGUCUACAUAGUGAGUUUGAGGCCAGCCAGGGCUAUCCAGUGAGACCCUGUCUCAAAAAACACUUAUCUAAUGACCUCUGCCUUUAAAAAUUGGCAAGUUUAGUUUACAUUUGCUGCAGGAUGUUUGGACAUGUUUCUACCAUCACUUUGUUAUUUUGGUUUUCCACUACUUUUUGUAUGUUUUUCUCUUUUCUCACCUGCUUUUUUAGUUUUAAGUUUUUUUCCCUUCCUGUUAGGAUUUAUUUUUCUAUUCUUUGAUAUUCUGGCAUGUGUGUUUAGCUUACAAACUUAAACACUGUUUUCAGUGUAUCUUGAAGAGUGUGAGAAGCUUAAAAACUAGUGAUUUUAGUCAUUCCUCUCCUGACCACUUGAUUUUGUUCGUAAAAUGUAUUCCUUGGUUUUUUGUAAUCUCAUGAUUAUAUAUUAUCCAUAUUUAUUCCUUGUUUCUUUUGUAAUCUCAUAAUUAUAUAUUAUCAGUAUUUAUUCCUUGUUUUUUGUAAUCUUAUAAUUAUAUAUUAUCAGUAUUAUUUUAUGUAGACUGGCAGUAUUUGUUCUGAUUUACAUGCAUACAUUCUUGCAUCUCAGACCCCCUUAAUGGCAUCAUUUUCUUUCAUUGUGAAUACAGUGUUUAUCCUUUUAGUUCAGAUCUCUUGGUAUUAAACUCUUUGUUGUGUGUAAAAGCUUUAUCUUUAUCCUUACAAGAGUUUGCUCAACCUUUAAAAUAUAUGUAUCUGUUCUCUUUGUGAGACGUAUGCCUUGUUGCCUUUAAAAAGUAUACUAUCAGUCUAAUUGUGGUUUGGUUUCAUGUGUUUUCUGAGGGGGAUGUUCAGGGAGUACUGUGAUUUCAUUCUAACAUGUUUAGACUUGUUUCUUUUUUAUUUAUUCUACUUUUGAAAUGUGUUUCAUGGCUUAGUAGAAGCAUGUUUUUUAUCAUUUCUGGAAAAUUCUACUAGAUUAGAUUCUUUCUGUUUCUUGUGGGGCUUUUUUUUCUCAGAAUCCAGUUACUUGUAUUUUGUACCUCCUAAUUCUGUUUUUCAUAACUCAUAACAGCUCUUUGCUAUUUUAACUCCUUGUACUUCAUUUGGGGAAUUUCACUGGGUAUAUGUUUUAGUUUAUUCUCUUUUCAGUUAUGUUUAAUCUGCCUUUUCCUUUUUCCAUUGCGCUUUUUAUUUCAAAAAUUAUCUUUUCCUUUGUAAAAGAUUCAUCUGCUUUCUAAUCUGUCUAGCUAUCCCCAGUUAAGUCUCUUGUUCCUUGUUCAUCUUUGUGAUUACAUCUAUUUCUUUAAGUAUAUAUUUUUAAAAUCAGCACUUGCUUUCUUGUUGUUGUUGUUUUGUUUUGGUUUUUUCGAGACAGGGUUUCUCUGUGUAGUUUUUGGUGCCUUUCCUGGAACUCACUCUGUAGCCCAGGCUGGCCUCGAACUCACAGAGAUCCGCCUGGCUCUGCCUCCUGAGUGCUGGGAUUAAAGGCGUGCACCACCACCGCCCGGCUCAGUGCAUGCUUUUUUGUGUGAGUAUGACGUUAUAAAUAUUGUUCACAUCUGAACUGCACAGCACACUGAUUAUAUCGUCUUUAUUGCAUACCUUUUUGUUUUCCUAAAAGCCAGCAUUCUAGUGUUGCAGCACUGUUACUAAUUCUUCGUAAUUCUACAAGAAUUAAAAAUUCUUGUUAGAAAUUAUUUGUGAAAUCCAAAUCAGAUCAUGCCUCUAUUCUGCUCAAAAUUCUCCCAUGACACCCAGUUCCCUCAGUACAAAAGCCAGAGUCAUCUCCAUGGCCCCCAUGUUCCUACACAAUCUAUUUCCCUUCCCCUCCCCGAUCUCAUUGCUAUCAGCCUCACUCCUCUCUAGCUAUACUGGCCUGUCUCCUGUUCCUCAAGCAUGCCAGGGACCUUCCAUUCAGGACCUUUGUAUUUGCUGUUUUCACUACCGGGAACACCCUUCCUCCCAAAUCAUUUGAUUACUUGAUCAAGUAUUUCCAUUAUGUUCAAAUGUUACCUCCCUAGAGAAGUAUUUCCUAAUCAACAUAUAUAAACUGGCCCUAUUACUCUCCAUGUCGUGUCUUAUCCUAUUUAUGAUCUGUCCUCUACAAAGCACUGAUCACUACUUGAUAUAUUUUAUAUUUAUUCAUUGUGGUUAGUGUUUGUGUCUACCAAAUAGACUGUAAGCUCCUCAAAGCAGAGAUUUCUGUGUGGUUUACUGCUGUAUUCCCAGUGUCAAGAACAGUGUGUAAUAACAGUCAGUGAACAGUCAAUAAAAUAUUUGUGGAAUAAAGUGAA